AUGCCGAACUGGAGCACGCUUCCCGCUCUUGAGCACGCCGUCAAGGAGCGCAGUGGCGCCGUGCCGCCGAAGCAGCCGGUCAACAUCAAGACCUUCGAGCAGUACGAGAAUUAUCGCAAGAACAUAACGCAGAUGGAGCAGGUACUAGCCUUUGACCAUGUCUGCUCCAAGAAGGCUGGUCAAAAAGAGCGCGAGGCGAACGCAAUCUUGCAGCUGUUGCGCCAAAGGGACAAGGUGUUUUUCGAUGGCGCUCCGCCCAGGAAAGGCUACAAAAACCAGCCGCACAAGCGGCACCCCAGCGACCAUCACCUUAGCAAUGUGGACCUCGUAGAGGAAUCAAGCAUCUUCCACGUGGCCAGAAAGAUGCCAAAGGGCGCGCACCUCCACAUUCACUUCAACUCGUGCCUCGAGGCAAAGUUCCUGCUGAACCUGGCAAAGGACCAGGAGAAGAUGGAUAUCGGAAGCAAUAGGGCCCUGACGAACACAGGCGAUCUCGAAGAGUGUGAAAUACAAUUCACCAUCCGGGGGGAGCUCGGAAGCCAGGCCGAAACCCCGCGGGAAGAGAUGUUGCAGAACUGGACUAAGAAGUUCAUUGGGAACCCGCCAAAGCCCCCGGUUCUGGUGAACUUGUUCGACAAGGAGAAGUUCGAUCAGAGCGAGGAGCCCACCGACAAGAUACGGUGGAUGAGUUACAAAGACUUUCGCGACGAAUUCUCGCACAAGUUCCCGGGGAAGGACUUGGACGACUGGCUUGAGGGGAAGCUGGUUUACAACGCAGAGGAGGCGCACGGUGUGCAUCAAACGGCUGAAGGAGCCUGGGCCAAGUUUAAUGGACGGACCAGGAUGAUGAAGGGCCUGUUCAACUACGAGACAGCCUAUCGGAAGUACACCCAACGGUGUCUGCAGGACUUUGUUGACGACAACAUCCAGUACGCCGAGAUCCGACCCAACUUUAUGCAUACGAACCAGGUCUGGUCAACGGACGGCAAGCAGCUAUACAACAACUACAAGAUCAUGGAGAUCAUUACAGAUGAAUGCAACCGUUUCCUCGAGGAUAGGAGGGGGAGGUCGGACGCUCCAUUUUUCCAAGGAAUCAAGGUUAUUUACUGCACCCCAAGAUCUUUUCCCGACCACCUGAUCAAGGACUCUCUGGAUGAGUGUUUAGAACUCAAGCGCUCGGCUGAGAUCGGUCACAUGAUUGCUGUCACUAAUAGGGGAAUUGCUGUCAUUUAG